AUGGACAGUGACGAUGAUUAUCAAUCAUCCUCACCCCUCCAACCUUCCCCACAACCCCAAAAUCGAAGGCUCAAACGCUUGAAGAAGAAAGCAACGGAAGUCUCCAGCAAGCCACCGUCGCCGCAGCAACCCGAUUCAUUAGACCCUUUGCUAGGCAUUCCGAGGGUUGACUUUGCCCGAUUGGAAGCUCUAGAAGCUUCAGCAACCAAAACACUUGAUUCUUUUUUUGAUGACUCAAAUGAAUCGCCAUUGCCGUCUCACGUCGGGACCGAAAUGGAAUCCGAGGGAUAUAUUAGGAUGGAUUCAGAGGAACUGGACUCGGAAUUGGCAUUUGAAAAAGAUAAUCGGACGUAUUCAGAAUUGGCAUCUGAAAACAAUAAUCAGAUGGAUGCGGAAAUGGCACUUGAGAAAGACAGCAGAGAGGCUAAGAGGGCUUUGGAGUUCGAUGAUGUGGCUGAUGUUGAACAGGAUCGUGAUUCCAAGUCGGAGAAAUUCGAGAAGAAAAGGGCUACUUCUGAACUGGAUGUGGACAAUAAGACAGAUGAGAUGGAAGGGGAUAGUAGUAAGAAAAAGAAAAGUAAGAGAACUAAGAAUGAUACUACUGUUGAUGAUGACAUGAAAUCUAAAGUUUCUGCUUCAGACAAAAGGAGACAAGAAAAGGAAAGAAAAACUUACCUUAAGCAACUUCACGCUGAAUCGCAGAGGCUAUUGCGAGAAACUACAGAAGCUGCAUUUAAACCCAUACCCGUGGUUAAAAAACCGAUAUCCUCAGUCUUGGAGAAGAUCCGGCAGAGAAAACGUGAGCUUUCUAAAAAAAACUUAAUUCUAAACAAUAAUGCUUUUGCUGCUGCAAACGGUGGUGUUCGAAGAGAUGAUAUUGGCUAUCAGCCAACAAGCAGAUUACUGGAAGAGAGAGAAGAUAAAUUAUCAAAAGCGGUAGAAGAUAUAGUGGCAUGUCCAGUGUUACCAAGUCGAGAUGCUUUAGACGUAGAUAAAUCUGAUGAACCUCUAGUUCCUUCAAGCCAUGAGAUUGGUCCCCCUGAUGAGGCUUCAAGUGAGAAACCCUCACCUACGUUUAGAGCACCUAUUGAUGAUACACAGGAUCUUUUUGGGGAUUCAGAAACAAAGGAAUGCUAUGAUGAGCUGCCUGGUGGCCUUCAGGAUAGUCCUUUGGAAGAAGUUAUGGCACCAUCUUUACUUGCUAUGAAUUUGAAGUUUGAUUCAGUACCUUCUAAUGAUAGUUCUUCAGAUGAGGACAAUUACAAGGAGAACAUUGAUCCUCUACCACAUGGAGGUGAGGAUGACAGUACCUCUCCAAGAGGUGCUCCAUUUAAAGCUUUUCUGGAUGAGGAAGCUGAGGAAGAAGAUGACAGUGAUAAUGAACUGCUCCACUCCAAAGAAACCGAAGAAGAUGAGGACAUGGAAGAUUCUGAGGAACUCAAUGACAUAAUAGCAACUGAGUAUGAAGAGAGGCCAAUUGAUUGUGAUAGACGGAAUGAACUUCAUCAGAAGUGGCUUGAGCAGCAAGAUGAGGCUGGAACAGACAAUCUGCUUCAGAGAUUAAAGGUUGGCUCAGAACCCAAAGACACUGCCUUGGUUGGUGAGGAGCAAGAAGAGAUUGAGGAUGGAGAGGACUGUAAUGAUGAGGAUGUGGUACCAAGAAAUUAUGCUCGCAUGAAUACAAAGAAAGCAAAGCAAAUAAUUACUCAGAUGUUUUUGGAUAAAGAUGACUCAUUCAUAUCUGAUGAGGAUGAGGAGGUUGAAAGGAGGCGUGUUAAGCAGCAUCUUCUUGUUAGAGCAGAAGAACAGGCAACAUUGGUUUCACCUAUGGAGGAUGAAAGUUCCAGGGAAGUGUUUGGUCUCAUAAAGAAGCUUAAUAUUGUGCCAGAAAACAAGAAGAAAGCAAAAGCAUCAUCGUACUUUGAGUCAGAGCUAAAAGGAGGACAGAGUAGGAGUUUUUCAAAGUCAUCUUUCGUUGGUCGAUCGUCGUACCAUUCUCUUCCUUCAUCCCACAAGCAAGGUUCAGGCACAGUUCGAUCAUUUAUUUUUGGGAGGGAUGACAGCAAUAGCAGAACUUCAAUCUCGAAAUCAGACGACUCUUUAGAUACAAUCUCUAAAGAAAAACCAAUGAGGACCGUUACUGCUACAGUCAGUAGCUCGCAAGCCAAGUUCAGUAGUCAAUACAGAAGUACUUGUGGUGUAAGAGCUUCCGGUGCUUCAUUAUUUGAGACAUUGAAACAGUCCUCAAUUCGGUCUAUGAGCUAUAAUCGUGAUGAUCCGGUUGACUUAUCUCAUGUCUUGGCUACUUUUAGAGUUCCAAAGAAGCCAAUUAAGAUAGAGGGGAGAAACUAAUUAGACUCCCAGGAAUUCAUUUCAACUUUGAAUAGGCAAUGAUGUGAAACUAUGAAAGGCCAAUUAACGCUUCUCUUCUUCUAGUCUAGUCGGAAAAAGCGUAUCCAGAAAAAGAAACAAAGAUAAUGAAAAUCCGAAAUCAAGGGUGGCAAAUUGGAUGUGGCCUGGGCCCUGGUGGCUUUUGUCAUUUCUGGGAAUUUUACUCACGGUUCGCUUUUGAGCAGAGGCCAUCUGUUUCUCUUUGUAAUCUUU